CUCCAGCCCUACUGGCGGCUUCUGGGGAGAGACAUGGCUGAGCUACUUGUUAGCUUGCCCGCCUGGGCAGCUGUGCUCCUUCUCUUUUUCGCUACGGUCUCCGGAUCCACUGGCCCUAGAAGCAGGGAAAAUCGGGGGGCGUCGCGGAUCCCUUCCCAGUUCAGCGAGGAGGAGCGUGUCGCUAUAAAAGAAGCGCUGAAAGGUGCCAUCCAGAUUCCCACAGUGUCUUUCAGCCACGAGGAAUCCAACACCACAGCCCUUGCUGAGUUUGGAGAAUAUAUCCGCAAAGCCUUCCCUACAGUGUUCCACAGCAGCCUUGUCCAACAUGAAGUCGUGGCAAAGUAUAGCCACCUGUUCACCGUCCAAGGCUCGGACCCCAGUUUGCAGCCCUACAUGCUGAUGGCUCACAUUGAUGUGGUUCCUGCCCCAGAAGAAGGAUGGGAGGUUCCCCCGUUCUCAGGCCUGGAACGCAAUGGCUUCAUCUAUGGUCGGGGUGCGCUGGACAACAAAAACUCUGUGAUGGCGAUCCUGCAUGCUUUGGAGCUCCUGUUGAUCAGAAACUACAGCCCCAAAAGAUCUUUCUUCAUUGCUUUGGGCCAUGAUGAGGAGGUGUCCGGGUCAAAGGGGGCUCAGAAGAUCUCAGCACUCUUACAGGCAAGGGGUGUCCAGCUAGCCUUCCUUGUGGAUGAAGGGAGCUUUAUCUUGGAAGGCUUCAUUCCGAACCUCGAGAAGCCGGUUGCCAUGAUUUCAGUCACCGAGAAGGGUGCCCUUGACCUCAUGCUGCAAGUAAACAUGACUCCAGGCCACUCUUCAGCUCCCCCAAAGGAGACAAGCAUUGGCAUUCUUUCUGCCGCUGUCAGCCGACUGGAGCAGACACCAAUGCCGAACAUGUUUGGAGGAGGGCCAUUGAAGAAGACAAUGAAGCUACUGGCAAAUGAGUUUUCCUUCCCUAUCAAUAUAGUCUUGAGAAACCUGUGGCUAUUUCAUCCCAUUGUGAGCAGGCUAAUGGAGAGGAAUCCCAUAACAAAUGCGCUGGUCCGAACUACCACAGCCCUCACCAUGUUCAAUGCAGGAGUCAAGGUGAAUGUCAUCCCUCCAUUGGCUCAGGCUACAAUCAACUUCCGAAUUCACCCUUCGCAGACAGUACAUGAGGUCCUAGAACUUGUCAAGAACACCGUGGCUGAUGACAGAGUCCAGCUGCAUGUGUUGAGAUCCUUUAAACCCCUGCCCAUCAGCCCCUCUGAUGACCAGGCCAUGGGCUACCAGCUGCUUCAAGAGACCAUACGAUCUGUCUUCCCGGAAGUCAACAUCGUCGUCCCCGGUAUUUGUAUUGCCAAUACGGACACCCGACACUAUGCCAACAUCACCAAUGGCAUGUACCGGUUCAACCCCCUUCCCCUGAACCCUCAGGACUUCAGUGGUAUCCAUGGAAUCAAUGAGAAGGUUUCCAUUCAGAACUACCAGAACCAGGUGAAGUUCAUCUUUGAGUUCAUCCAAAAUGCCGACACUUACAAAGAGCCAGUUCCUCAUCUGCAUGAACUAUGAGGGAUUGAGGUCCCAGGAGGAAAAGGAGAUGAACAGAAUCUGCCCUGCUGUCCUCCUGACAUCUGCGUUCUUCCUCUGAGUGGAAACUAUUGCCUUCUGGUGUGUCCUGCCUGUUGGUCUGUCUCACGCUGAUUAUUAACUAUUCCACUUUCCCAGCCUGUCUUAACAAAUACAGAUUUUGGAAAAACCUCAAGCAGGUUUUAAUACUAGAUAGAAUAUUGGCUUCAGGUACCUGAGGCUGGACUGUCUUCUAGAAUGUUCUUUCUCCUGUCUUCUCUCCGACUCGGGAGCUGCCCCUUGGCCUCUCUCUUCCUGCCUCUGCUUCCUUCCUCCAGUCUCCAGCUCAUUCCACAUCUGGAGUUAAGACUCAAAUUUAGAAGCUCCCAUGAUCACAGUCAAAUAGAAGGGCCUGUGUAGUGAAAACGUCAGCUGGUCUCUGACAGGUGAGCUUGAGGUGGAGACUUUGAGAGAACCCCCAGAACUCCUGGUUCCAGAGACUUGGGCUCUUGGGAUUUUGUUCCCCUUCCCUGCCCUGUUCCUGCCACCUGCUGUUCAGCCCCACCCCAGGAAGCUCUACUCUACAGAAGCAUUUCCCUGGCACAGUGUACGGGCUGAGCUCCCAAGAGAGGAACACUCAAGAUCCAGCUUCUCAGGGCGCCCAGAGCCAGCAGCGCCCUGGCCCUGGCCCUGGCCCUGGCCCUGGCCCUGGUGUGUCCCAUUUCAGAAUGACCAAGGGGAAGUGGAGGACAAGGAGGACAAGAGAAGCAAGGGGAGGUAGCGUCCAUUAAAGUAUAGCAGAGCUCCUGUCUUCUCUCUGGACGUCAACCCUAGGCUAUUUAAAUGUGCCCAGUAGCUGCCAGGUGGGGGACACUGGGAAGCAGCCUUUCUUGGCUCAAGGCCAGCAUCUCUGCUCUGUGGCUCACAAGGGAGUGGAGGUCACAGAGGCAGAGGCAGAAUUUGGAGACGCAGAAAUGGAGCUUGGAAGGCUCCGUCUCUUCCCCUCUCCAGACUAGGACCUUCUGUGUCUCCCAAGGAUUUGAUAGUUCUAGGUUUGCUUGCCUCCUCCUCAGAGAUCCCCAUUCUCCCUCACUCCCAAGUCCUUACCUUCCCCGCAGGAUGUGAACUGUUCCUUGAAGCUCUGGCUUAAUGGGUAACGUUUAGAAACUGUGGGGAUUAUUCCAGUUUUUUAGCUACUCCUGCUAAGAUUCACAUUCCUUCCCCGACUCUCCCUUUUUGGACAAUUCAGUACUUAUUCAGCCUUCAUUGAAGGGCAAGCUUAAGAACAAAAAUAGUCCUUCACUUUUGUGCAGAGCCCUACUAGAUAGUCUUAUAGACGCUUUAUCUCAGCCCUGUGAACUCGCUAUCAUUACUCCUUCCUACAGAGAUGGGCUCAAUUCUGGAAACAGUUGUUCAACCCUUCAUUACCUUGCUCCCAGCCUCAUCAGUAUCUCUGAUCCUGCAUCACCUACUCCCCACUGAUUUUUUUCUUUAAUUCUCAUGACUUCUGAGGCAUGAGUGUGUACCCCACAUUUGUUAUGUUGUAAAUGUAAUCGCAUGAGGGAAUUAUUCACAGGGAGGGCACAUAGCCGGCUGGGGCUUGCUUUUGUAGGGUUAUUAGGAUUAGACAAGGAAUGGGGCUAAGCUCCAUUAAUUAAUGGCUUUUAAGGAGAGAGUUUGAGAAAAUAGACACAUUUAAUCUGAUUUGGAAAUUGUACCAUGAAUACAUGUGUCAAAAUAUCACAGUACUUCACUAAAUUAAGGGAAAAAGAGAACAGAAGACAGAUGGGUUCCUACAUGUAUUCCCUGUGUCUUGCCAUGUGAAGUCCUAUACCAUCUCUUAUGCGAGGAAACCUAUUCAUCAGGGGGCAAACUAGUGUAUCCCAUAUGAUUUUAAUGCUCCAGAGCUGUGAGCCAAAAUAAACCAUGCUCAACCCGG